GAGAUAUAUCAGCCAAUCAUAUCAGCCAUCCACCAUCCAACCAAAGCUAGAGUCAAAUGUCAAAUUACCAAAUCAACAAUCACCUACAAACCAAUCCCACCCUGGAUGUGAUUUUCCUUUUGUAGGGCCGUUUUAUAAAGGCUUGAAUAAAAUCACCCGAAAAUAUCCAACCAUCAACUGCUCAAAACAGACGCCACAUCUUGUCUACGUACAAGGCGACACGAUAUUCGUUGACCACGCCAAAAUUCGGAGCAUCCCUCGAUUAAAUUCUACGUUCUUGAACUGUAUUUGUGUGCCUCGGGUCCGAAUGUUAAACGGGAAUGAUUCCCGCACAAAAAGUGUCGGACAACGCCAAGUAUUUACUGACUCCAUCAACGUCACACAUGAUUAUGUUGUUGUUGAAUGUUACAAUAACGCUAGCCAGGUCAUAUCCAGAUCGUUCUUGACAUUUAUCCGUAAAAAACCGAACCUCGAGUCUGAAUUAAAAGCCAAGUAUGAGGCACACGUUGAGCUCCACGCACCCAAAGAAACUUUGAGCGUCAUGAUGCUGGGGAUUGAUGCCAUGUCCAAAAACAAUUUCCAGCGUGCCAUGCCGAAGACGAGAAACUUUCUUCUAGAAACUAUGAAAGCUGUUGAGUUGCACAAACAUAAUAAAUUCGGGCACAACACGUUCCCUAACGUGGUUGGUCUACUUACCGGAAACAGCGAAAAAUGGUUAGCUAAGCAGGGUUAUUCAAGACAUUUGCCUAUUGAUCGGGUAAAUGAUGCUUUUCUUUGGAGUGCUUACCGUAAAGCCGGGUACAGAACUGGAAUGUUUUUAGACAGAACUUACAUCUCGGCGUUUCAUUACGGUAAAGUCGGAUGGACCCAACCCCCAGUCGAUUAUUACAUUCGAGAGGUUGUGAUCGAUUCAGAGAAGGACAAAUUAAUGAGAAAAGAUGUCAACUGUAUCGGUGACGUCCCGGACAUCCGACUUCUGACCGACUACUGGGUUCAGCUAGCGUCUUUGUUCAACAACUCCAAAACAGAGCCGUAUUUCACAUACAGUUUCUCAGCCCGCUUGACCCACGACGAUGAGAACAGAGCCAGCGCUGCUGAUGAACUUUAUUUCCAAUUUUUACAAACUUUAGUGGACAAGAAGGUUCUAAACAACACGGUGCUUGUCUUCUUCAGUGACCACGGGCCCAGGUUCGGGGCCAUAAGGUUGACACUGAACGGAAUGCUAGAAGGCCGAAUGCCUUUAAUGUUCCUCGUGUUCCCGCCCUGGUUCCAUACCAAAUACCCGCAGCUGAUGGAAGUUGUGAAAACCAACCAACAUCGUCUGACGACCCACACGGACGUCUACGAGACUUUGAUUGACCUGCUGUACUUUAAAGCAGAGGCCGGGAAAGGAAGUCUCACCCAGCCUAGGAUCAGCUUGUUCAAAGAGAUUCCAGAAGGACGCACGUGCCAGCACGCGCUGAUCCCCCUUGAGUACUGCGUCUGCAACGGUUUCGUUAAACCCAACAUCAGUGCGAAAUUUACUGAAUUUCUUGGGCUAAAUCUUGUUUACCGGGUGAAUGGGUAUCUAACAGGCAAACUACGAGACCUCUGUUCAACUCUAACCUUAAAUAACGUCACAAACGUUAUGGAGGUCAAGGGCGUAGAUUCGGGGUCAACGACCUACCAGGUCACGGUGACGACCGCGCCAAACAGCGCCAUUUAUGAAGGUGUUCUGAGAGUACGUGAAAACAAUAAGGUGAAGGCUAUCAGUGACGUCACGAGGUUGAAUCUCUACCGGGGUGAGGCUGAGUGUAUCGACCACCCGACGUUGAGACAGUUUUGUUACUGUAAAACUUAACAGAAAUGUGAUUAGGGUAAUUUUAUUACUGUAAAACUGGACACAAAUGUGAUUGGGGUAUUUUUGUUACUGUAAGAAUUAACACAAAUGUGAUUAGGGUAAUUUUAUUACUGUAAAACUUUACACAAAAAUGAUUUAGGUUAUCUUUUUUAUUGUCAAGCUCUCCAUAGGAUAUUGUUAUCGAUGUAAUACACAAAAUGAAAUAGGACAUUACCGUCUCGCCGUCAACUACCUACGGUUAUUUCCUAAAAAAAAUUCACCAGAAUCAUUACGCCCCCCCCCCUCCCUCUCCAUCUAUGGGUAAUUACCCCCUCCCCAUUCUUUAGAAUACAUAGUGUGUUAAUCCGUAUCCAUAUCCUCCUAAAUAUUCAACCCCCUAUCUAGGUUCUUAAUUCUAUCUCCCUAACAUAAACCCUAACCCUAUCCCAAACCAUAUUGCUAGCCCUGUUCAAAACCCGAUCUCUAUAAACAGCUAUAUCUCUAACCUUAUAACUAAC